UCCAUUUAGUGUUCCAUUGCUUCUUAGUACAGGAAGACCAUCACAAUUUCCUCCAUUUCUUAUGGCACAAGGACAAUGACACCAACAAGGAAGUCAUUGAGUACCGGAUGAAAGCCCAUGUUUUCGGCAAUAGUCCACCACCAGCCGUGGUCGUCUAUGGGCUGCGAAGAGCCAUCAGAGAGGGCGCACAGGAGUAUGGCGAUGACACCGUUAAGUUUGUAAAGGCACUUCUAUGUCGAUGACGGCUUGAUAUCGCUACAGAAAGAUGAAACAAUCGAUCUGCUCCGACGUACACAAGCCUCACUCGCUGAGUCAAACCAACGCUUGCACAAGUUUGCAUCAAACUGUCAGGCAGUAAUGGAGGCCUUUCCACACGACGACUGUGCUCCGGCAAUCAAAUACCUAGAUCUAGAUGGAGAAACCAUACCCACACAAAGGAGUCUGGGCCUCCUUUGGGAGAUUACAACUGACACAUUCACGUUCUCCAUGCCGACCAUGAUCAAGCCAUUCACCCACCGUGGAGUUCACUCCACUGUCAACAGUAUUUUCGAACCCUUGGGUCUACUGGCGCCAGUUACGAUCCAAGGAAGAGUCCUUCACAGAGAACUUACCUCCGAGCUCUCUGACUGGGAUACUCCCCUACCAGAAGACAAGCUAAACAGAUGGGAGGCUUGGAGAGAUUCACUUCAAGAUCUAAAACAGCUUCAUAUUGAAUGCGUGAUUUCAUUAGAUGCGGAGAAAGCAUUUGAUAGAGUUGAAUGGCCUUACUUAUUUAAUGUGUUGGAGAAGUUUAAUUUUAGUCCGAUAUUUAUAUCAUGGAUUAAAUUGAUUUAUCAUACUCCAGUAGCCUCAGUGUUUACCAAUAAUCAAAGAUCUCCCUUUUUUCGCCUAUUUCGGGGCACUAGACAAGGAUGUCCUCUUAGUCCAUUACUAUUUAACAUUGCCUUAGAACCUUUGGCAAUUGCCAUCAGACAAUCACAGGAUAUUUUGGGUAUUAAUCGUGGGACAGACAUUCAUAAGUUAUCUUCGUAUGCAGAUGAUUUAUUACUAUUCAUUUCUAACCUGGAGAAAUCCAUCCCAGCAGUUUUAUCAUUAUUGGCUCAAUUUAGUGAGUUUUCUGGGUAUAAGUUAAAUCUUAAUAAAAGUGAAUUGUUUCCUUUGAAUAAACAGGUCCCAAUUUAUGGAAAUUUACCUUUUAAAUUAGUUAAUGAUUCUUUUAUUUAUUUAGGGAUCAAAUCACAAAAAACCAUAAAGAUUUAUUUAGAUUUAAUUUUUUAACCCUUAAUUGAUCAGAUUAAAGGUUUGUUUACUAAGUGGUCACCAUUAUCUUUAUCCCUAAUAGGUAGGAUUAAUGCUAUUAAGAUGGUUAUUUUACCUAAGUUUUUAUAUAUUUUUCAAGCGAUACCAAUUUUUAUUCCGAAAUCUUUUUUUACUAAUGUUGAUUCAAAAAUUUCUUCAUAUAUAUGGCAGAAUAAAAAUCCCAGGUUAGGUAAAAUAUAUUUACAGAAGACAAAAAAGGAAGGCGGGUUAGCAUUACCUAAUUUCAGAUUUUAUUAUUGGGCAGUUAAUAUUAGAUACUUGUUAUGCUGGUUGAAAGAUGGGGGUGGAUCUUUCGGCCCUCGUUGGGUGAGUUUAGAAAUUAAAUCUGUAUCAGCUUAUGCUCUGGGUUCUAUUUUAGGGACUUCUUUCCCUUUUGCUCUUUCUAAAUUGCCGAAACGAAUUGACAACCCGAUAAUUAAACAUACUUUAUGUAUAUGGUUUCAAUUUCGGAGAUUUUUUGGGUUGACUCAAUUCGUUUUAAAUAGUCCUAUUGUACCUAAUUGUUUUUUCCACCCUUCCAUUAUAGAUCAAGCUUAUUCAGCUUGGAAAACUAAGGGAUUACUAAGAUUUUCUGAUUUAUUUUUGGACAAUUGUUUUAUGUCUUUUGAGCAAUUAUCCAACAAAUAUAACUUGCCUAGAUUUCAUUUUUUUAGAUAUUUACAGAUUAGACAUUUUUUAAGUUCUGUACUCCCUACAUUUCCAAAUUUUGUGCCUUCAGAUAUUUUGGAGAGUUUAUUUGAAUUAGACCCUUUUCAAAAAGGGCUUAUUUCAAAACUUUAUAAUAUAAAUAUGAAGAUACGUUCAGAGCCCCUUUAUAAGACCAAAAACGACUGGGAAGGAGAGCUUAACCUUAUUAUUUCUAGUGAGAAUUGGGAUAGAAUUCUUCAAUUAGUUAAUACAUCAUCGAUAUGUGCCAAACAUUCAUUAAUACAAUUUAAGGUCGUACAUAGGGCCCAUAUGUCCAAGGAUAAAUUAGCUCAUUUUUACUCUCAUAUUAGUCCUAUCUGUGAUAGAUGAAAAUCUGAAAUUGCGUCUUUAACUCAGAUGUUUUGGUCUUGUUCAUUUUUGGAAAAAUAUUGGAAAGAUAUUUUUGAUAUUAUUUCUGCGGUUUUGAAUAUUGAUUUACAACCUCAUCCUAUUACCGCAAUUUUUGGUUUACCAAUGUAAGACUCACUGCAUUUAUCUUCUUCUGCCCGUCGAAUGAUUGCAUUUCUAACUCUGAUGGCUAGAAGAUCUAUAUUGUUGAAUUGGAAGGAAAUUAAUCCUCCCACUGUAUUUAAUUGGUUCUCUCAAACUAUGUUAUGUUUAAAUUUAGAAAAAAUUAGAAGUGGUGUUUUUGAGACUUCUAUUAAAUUUGAAAAGUUAUGGAGACCAUUUAUUCAACAUUUUCAUAUGAUGUAAUAUGACCCUGUUCCAAGUUCAUUUGAUUUCCCAGCUUUUAGCUUAUGUAUGUUGAGAGGACUGGAAGUGACAGCAUUGAUGAAUAUUUAUUCUUGUGAGAUAUCAUAAACAGCCCCCCUUUUUUUCUCUUUUUUUUUGCUUCUUUUUUCUUCUAUAUUAGUUAUUAGAUUAGUAGAUUAGCUAGUUUUGCAUUUUUUUUAUUUUUUUUCUUUCUUUUUUUCUGUUUUUUUAUAUCAUAUAUUAUGAAAUAUUUAGACUUAUCAUGUUCAUACAUAUAUUGUAUGGCUUAUGUCUUGGUAAACUCAUUUAUAUUGUAACUAUUGUUUAUGUUUUUUUUCAUAUGUAAUGGAAUUUGUAUGUUGGUAAUUUCUUUAUCAAUAUAUCAUUUGUAUUCUGUCCAUAUUACUAAUAAUAAUAAAAAGAUUUAGAAAGAAAAGAAAAGCUUCAUAUCCCACGUAGGUACACUGCGGACGAAUUGGACCAGACAAAGGAUGUCAUCCUUAAAGAGCAGCUUUUGCAAGGGAGUUUUUGGCCCUCCAAGUUAAUAAACCAAUACCAGCAAUCAGGGCAGCAGGACUGUGGAUCCUGGGAGGCAAAACACUGAUCAAUUCAGUACUCCACAGAUGUGUAACCUGCAUGAAACUGAGAGGGAAGAUGGAAGCUCAACAUAUGGCGGACCUCCCACCAGAACGCCUCAAUGCCUGACCUCCUUUUACGUAUGUGGGGCUCGAUGUAUUUGGUCCCUGGACUAUCACCACUAGACGCACAAGAGGAUGACAAGCAGAGAGUAAACGGUUGGCCAUCAUGUUCAGCUGCAUGAGUUUGAGAGUGGUACAAAUUGAAGUCAUCGAAUCUUUGGAUACAUCCAGCUGCAUUAAUGCUCUCAGGCACUUCUUUGCACUAAGAGGCCCUGCAAAACAGUUGAGGUCUGAUUGCAGCACGAACUUUGUUGAAGCAUCCAAGGAACUGGGGAUGGACAAGACAGUGCAAAGGUACCUCAGUGAGCAGGAAUGCAACUGGGAGUUCAACACACCACACACCUCUCACAUGGGAGGCUCAUGGGAGCGGAUGAUUGGUAUCGCCAGAAGGAUCCUUGAUUCAAUGUUUCUGCAGCAACGCACCCGACUGACCCACGAAGUACUGUGCACACUAAUGGCAGAGGUCACAGCCAUAAUAAAUGCACGACCACUCCUACCUGUGUCUUCUGAUCCGGAAAACCCCUUCAUACUGUCGCCAUCAAUGCUCCUUACGCAGAAGACAGGAGCUCCCCCUCCACCAGGGGACUUCUCAGGUAAGGAUUUGUACACAAAGCAAUGGAGACAAGUUCAGGCUCUCGCAAAUCAGUUCUGGUCUCGUUGGAGACAUGAAUAUCUACCUUUGUUGCAACAUAGACAAAAGUGGACAGAACCUCACAGGAAUCUUCAAGUUGGAGAUUUAAUCCUGCUUAGGGACAAGCAGAUCACCCGCAACUGCUGGCCAAUGGCCAGAAUCACUGCCACAUUCCCUAGUAGGGAUGGACAUGUCAGGAAGGUUGAGUUGAAAACUUCUGACCAAGGUGAUGUGAAAACUUACCAAAGUCCAGUUGCAGAAGUCAUUCUACUUCUACCCAAGGACUGAUUUAGAGACUGAAGUUUGUAUUAUGUUCAUUGUGACCUUACAAAGGCCAGGCGGGGAGUGUGUUGCCCUUAAGGCAUUUGUUUAGUUUAUUAUAUUUUUGCUUUAGUAAUUCAUUUGUAAUCGUUUUCUAGUUAAAGUUAAGAUUGUUGUAAGUAAAUUCGUUGUCUGUGAUAUAUUGCGGCUUGCGAUGACGUCAUAACUGGUUUCGCUGCGUCCUGUGGGAAAAUACCGGUUUGGAGAAACGGGAAGGAGGGGGCUUGUGUGUGCAGGAUCAGCGCGAGAAAAGUUUUCUUUCUACACACUAGAAACAUCAUAGAAGCAAUGCCAUUUGGACCGUCCCAGAUUGAAGGAGCCUGGGAUCCGAUAACCAUGAGCAGAAAGCUCGAGGGCCAGUCAGCUGGUGAGCCCAGACUUCAGGAUCCCAUCAUCGACUACUCCAGAGACAAUACCGAAGAUUGAAGCCUAAAGAGUACUUAAGGCUUCCAGAGAUGUGCAAAUACCAAAAUCAACACAAUCUGGCAAUCUUCAUUCAAAUCCUGGCGUCUGCCUUACUGUCAACAUAGCAGACUCAGCUGUAGCAGCAAAAGCAAAAAGCCAAGGAAGGAAGGUUGGCCCUUGUCCUCCAACAGCUUGCUCCUUGUGUGCUGUGGCAGCUGAAAAACAGCAAGUACGGCAGACAUGCUGGGAAUACGAGAGCUUCCCAGAUACAUGGCAUUGACACUGACAAGAUAAUACACACAAUAUGCUGGAGGAACUCAGCAGGCCAGACAGCAACUAUGGAAAAGAGUACAGUUGAUGUUCCACCAGUCCUGGUGUGUGUUGCUUGGAUUUCUAACCUCUGCAGAUGUCCUCUUCCUUGCUAUUGGACUUCCAGACAAUAUUCAGAUUCUUGCAUUAGGGGUGGUGGAUUAAAGCAAUUGAAAAAGGAAAAAGAUAACAAAGCCCUUUUGAUAAACUAUAGCAGACUAUUCGAAGAGCAGUCUGUGUCUGUGAACUGAAAUAACCUGACCGCGGCAGGACUGUAAAGAGACCCGCGGAAAGGAAACGGCAGAUUGGGGACCCCCACAAGGCUAACAGAAUUAAGGGUGCACCCAAACAAAAGGUAAGCACUUUUUGCGACAAUUUAGACUAAGAAUUCUGUUGGUUUUGGGGAGGUCUUGAAGUCUCAGAAGUGUGGAACCAGUGCCGAAGGGUCUCUCCGGUCCAAAGAAUCUGGCAGAACAGGAGGCUCAGAGGAUUGAUCAAGAACACUGCAGUGAGGGUAAGUACAAAUAAGCUAAUAAGAAGUUAAGUGAAGAAAAAUUCCAUGUGGUGUUGGUAAGUCCCUGUGGAUACCGCUUCGUAUAAAACCAAGGUCUGAACGGGCAGGGAAAAGAAAAAUAGAGAAAAUCCUCGUGGAUACCGCCUUAAGAGAUAAGGGUCUGAAUAGACGAGGUGCAAACAGAAAGUUCUGUGGAUACCUCUCUGAGUAGAGGUCUGUACGGGCAGAACAGAAUAGGAAACAAGGACAGUCCAAUAUAUAGUUUAAAGCGCUGGUAGAUAGAUGAUAGACUAGGCAUAGAAUUAGAGUAAAUAAUAUUAUCGUGUAAACAAACUGUGAAUCUCUGAAAUACCUUAAAAAGAGAGAACAACAUGACAGGUAAAGGAACGGCAGUAGAGAUUCUGAGCAAAAAAAAUCCCGGUAAAUAAAUAUGAGAUCACAAAAACUUCAGAAAAAUGGGAAAAGAGAACCAAAAACCUGGUCACAAAAUGGCCAAGAGAAGGAACGUUUGAUGUAAGCUUGUGCUAAGAAAUGGAGGCACUAAUUAAAAAUUACAAACCAAAAGAUAAAUCUAAGAAAAGAGGGCAAAAAAGAGAACGAGAAAUGGAAGUGCUAAAACUCUUCAGAAUGGAGGGAGAAAGACUGAGGACAGGUAGAAUAUUGAUUACAAGUGAGGAAGACACUAAGGUGCUGGAGAAACAGCCUGUUAGAGAGAGAGGAAGGUACAGUGAGAAACUGGCUUCAGCUCCGUACCCGGAUGUGAAAGAAACAGAAAAGUCCCCUCCCUAUAAUGAGGAAGGAACCCCUAAGCAGUGCCCCCUGCCAACGGGGACAGUAAACAUGCAGGGAGAAGUACAAGUUUGGGAUAAUGAGGAGGAAAAAGACAAUACGAGAAGGAAAAAGUGGCGAUAUGGAAGGAGAUACAGGCAGAAAGGAUAAAGGUGGAACAGGCAAAGAGAGAAAUGAAAGAAGAGAUUGAACGGAUGAAAACUUGAGAGAGGAAAAGGAGUAUGAGGAGUAUCGGUUAUACUAUAGAAAUAAACAGACUAGAAAAGAAAGUGGCUCAUCAGGGCAGGAAGAGAUGAGGCAUUCAAGAGGAAGUGGAAAAAAGAUAGGAGAUGAGAGUCUUGGAGAAACACAAGAGAGAAGGGAGUCAAGCACGAGUAAGGAUCAUGAAGAGUCCCUGUCACAGGUGUACAGACAUGGACAGGAAGAAAGAGAAGGUGACUCAUUGGAGGAGCAAGAGUUAAGUGGAGAGAGAGAGGAUGUGAGAAUUUGUGGGGAAGAAGUAGGAGGCAGAAGCCUAGAAGAGCAGAAGGAGGCGGUAGGGAAGCGACUUGCGGAAGUAGAGAGAGAGCUAGAUAAGUUACUGAGAGGGGAUUGCCAGAGGAGAUGCGAAAAAUACUCCAGGGGCCAAACAAGUAUUGAAUCAGGACAGAAAGGAAGGACUCCACAGGGUGACUGAGGGAAGAAGAGGACCCUGGAGAAAUUUGUGUGGGAGGCAGUAAAGACAUACCCUGAGACGGAUGGGGAGUCAGGUGAGGAGGAGAACCAGGGCAGGUGGGAAGGAGGAGGAAGAAUGAUGCCAUUGUUAGUUAAAGGAUCAGGACAAGUGCAGUACAUCCCUUGGGGAUCCCAGGACCUAGAAGGGCUGAAAAACACUCUGCCCAAUCUACAUGAAGGAGCAGGGAAAUGGAUUAGAGCCUUUGAAGAAGAAACGGCUGGACGAUUAUUGGCUAUGGGAGAUUUGAAGGCACUAUUGAUAAGGUUGAUGGGUACCAAAUUUAACGAAAUAAUGGAAAUGGCUGGCAUAGUAAACUCGAACGACCCGAGAACUGACGGAGACGGGUUCGACAGAGUGAGGCAGAGGGUAUGGCAGGCCCUCAGGAAGCUUUACCCACCCAAAGUGGACCCCAAAGCCUUAAAGGGGGAUCCACUGGGAGACACUGAAAACCCAGCAGCCUACGUAGAAAACCAGUUGAAAAGAUGGAGACUGGAGACUGAGCAAGAGGUGGAAAAUAGCUUAUUUAUCACCACACUGUUCCGACAUAGCAUUUUGGAUGCAAUGCCUUCGCAAGUAAAAUCCAAACUGGAGGAUGUGGUUGGGCUGAUGUCAAUGACCCCACAAGAAUUUAGAGACCACGUAGUCCAUGCGGUUGAGAAAUACCGGAAAGGCAAAUGAAGGUUGGCUGCUGUGGUGAACUAUGUGCCUGUCGGGACACGCCCCUGCUGACUGCUCCUGUGGCUCCUCCCACAGGCCGCUGUAUAAAGGAGAUCUGCGGCCUGACGCUCGGCCUCAGUCUCCAAGACAUAGUAUGAUGGACACUCACUCCUGGUUCCUUCUUCCAGUCAAUAAAAGCCGAUAUCUCGCCUUACGUCUCAGUGUGAGUUAUUGAUGGUGCAUCAAUUUUAUUGACUGGAAGUUUUAAAACAUGGAACCCGUUUUGCGUCCGGACCGGUUGGAUUUGGACCCUCAAGACCCUGACGCAACUCUCGCUUUUGAACACUGGCUUGCAUGCUUCCAAUCGUACUUGGCGGAGCUUCGUGCGACUGAACCCGCCGUUAUGCACAGAAUCCUACUCUCGAGGGUCUCCUCCAAAGUUUACUCCAUUAUCCGGGACCUGCCGACCUACGAUGGGGCACUGGACGCCCUCAAAAGACAGUACCUGCGGCCGGUGAACACCGUCUACGCAAGACAUCGUUUAGCUACCCGGCAACAGCGGCCUGGCGAAUCGUGCGCUGAGUUUCUCCGAGCACUACAGACACUAGUCCGAGCUUGUGACUGCAAGACGCUCACGGCAGAACAGCAUGCGGAGCUGCUGGUGCGAGACGCCUUUGUGACGGGACUGAGGUCAGUGUACAUGCGCCAGCGGCUGCUGGAGAACUCGGAUCUUACCUUAAGCUCGGCGAUCGAGACGGCCAAUGCUCUAGAAGCUGCGCUGCAUAACGCCGACGCUGUCCAGUUGCGUGAUUCCCCGCCGGUUCCGUGGACUCCUCAGACCCCGCCACCGCUGGCUCCCGGGAGUGAAUUCGCCAACGCCGCCGCCAGUCGCGAUUCCACGAGCUCCCAGACCCUGACCACGGCGGUGGCCCGUCAGAAGCCCGUGUGUUAUUUCUGUGGCCAAAAGAAACAUCCUCGACAACUCUGUCCAGCGCGAGAAGCGACCUGCUCCAGCUGCGGAAAGCGGGGCCACUUCGCCAAGGUCUGUAAGUCUCAACCUCGAGCGGGGUGCAGCGCUGCGGGUGAAACGUGGGGGCCGCCAUCUUGCAUGCCCGGAUGUGGGCGGCCAUCUUUGUCGAUGUCAGCACGCCCCGCCCCCGAUCCUCGGAUGCUGACCGGGUACCCCGGAUGUGAGCGGCCAUCUUUGUCGGCGUCAGCAUGCCCCGCCCCCGACCCUCCAAUGCUUACCGGGUACCCCGACGGCGAUUCAACUCUGGCCACCGUAACCCUCGACCAAAGCGCCCCACACCAGCUUGCAAGGUCCAUGAUGGACAUCCAGGUGGAGGGGCACUGGACUGGAUGCCUGUUUGACAUGGGCAGCACUGGGAGUUUUAUUCACCCGGACACAGUGCAACGCUGCGGACUCGCGACACGGCCGGUAAGUCGGAGGUUCCAUUUGGCCUCUGGGUCGCAGUCCACAGACAUCCGGGCGGGUUGUGUAGUGACAUUGGUGGUGCAAGGCACAGAAUAUCGGGACUUUGAGCUGCUGGUCAUGCCUAAUCUGUGCGCACCUGUGCUAUUGGGGCUGGACUUCCAGAGCCAUCUCGGAAGUGUGACGGGCCCCUCCCACCACUCACUGUCCGGAAUCCUCAGUUUUGUGGGACUUCUUCACAUACCCCGCUACUGACCACACACACACACGCACACACACAUCCCAUCCAGCACCAGGCCGACAGCUGCGCUACCGACACUUGCAGCCUCUCCACUCUCAAGGUCCCUCCCCCACCGCUGUUCGCCAACCUGACCCCCGACUGUAAACCUGUGGCAACCAAAAGCAGGAGGUACAGCGCGGGGGACAGGGCCUUCAUUAAGUCAGAGGUACAGCGGCUGCUCAGGGAGGGGAUCAUUGAGCCAAGCUCAAGCCCUUGGAGGGCCCAGGUAGUUGUUGUUCGGACUGGGCAGAAAGAUAGGAUGGUGGUGGACUAUAGUCAAACCAUCAAUAGGUUUACGCAGCUUGACGCGUACCCCCUACCCCGCAUCGCGGAUAUGGUCAACCAGAUUGCUCAGUAUAAGGUGUACUCGACAAUAGAUCCGAAAUCCGCUUAUCACCAGCUCCCCAUCUGCCCAGAGGACCGCCCCUACAUCGUCUUCGAGGCGGGAGGCAGGCUCUAUCACUUCCUGCGCGUCCCUUUCGGUGUCACGAAUGGUGUCUCUGUCUUCCAGAGGGAAAUGGACCAGAUGGUGGACCAGUACCAACUGCAGGCCACAUUUCCCUAUCUGGAUAACAUCACCAUCUGUGGUCAUGACAGGCCAGAUCACGACGCCAACCUCCAACGAUUUCUCCAAGUGGCCGCAGCUCUGAACCUUACUUAUAACAGGGACAAGUGUGUGUUUGGUACCACCCGCCUUGCUAUACUUGGGUAUGUCGUGGAAAACAGGGUUAUUGGCCCUGAUCCCGAACGUAUGCGCCCCCUGUUAGAGCUCCCUCUUCCCACCACUCUCAAGGCCCUCAGACGGUGCCUGGGUUUUUUUUCCUAUUACGCCCAAUGGGUCCCCCAUUAUGCAGACAAGGCUCGCCCCCUGGUCAAGUCUACCUCGUUUCCCCUCUCUGCUGAGGCCCGCGCGGCCUUCAACUGCAUUAAAGCGGACAUUGCCAAAGCUACGAUGCAUGCAGUGGACGAGACCGCUCCCUUCCAAGUGGAGUGUGAUGCCUCCGAUUUCGCUCUGGCUGCUACCCUCAAUCAGGAAGGCAGACCAGUAGCAUUCUUUUCUCGCACCCUCCAAGGCUCCGAAAUUCGGCACUCCGCGGUGGAGAAAGAAGCCCAGGCCAUAGUGGAGGCUGUUAGGCACUGGAGGCACUAUCUUGCUGGCAAAAGGUUCACCGUGCUGACCGACCAGCGCUCGGUUGCGUUCCUGUUCAGCAACCAACAGCGGGGCAAGAUCAAAAAUGAUAAGAUUUUGCGGUGGAGGAUAGAAUUCUCCACCUACACCUAUGAUAUCCUGUACUGGCCUGGCAGACUCAAUGAGCCCCCUGAUGCCCUAUCCCAGGGAACAUGUGCUAGCACACAGCUCGACCAGCUGUACGCCCUUCAUGCACAACUUUGCCAUCUGGGGGUCACCCGAUUUUACCAUUUUGUGAAAGCUCAGAACCUGCCAUACUCCCUGGAGGACAUCAGGACGAUGACCAGGGACUGCCAAAUUUGUGCCGAGUGCAAACCGCACUUCUACCGUCCUGACACGGCACAACUUAUCAAGGCCACCCGCCCUUUUGAACGACUGAGUGUUGACUUUAAGGGCCCCCUUCCCUCCACUGACCGCAAUGUCUAUUUUCUCAGUGUUAUCGACGAGUUCUCAUGGUUCCCCUUUGCCAUCCCCUGCCCCGACACCACUGCCACGUCCGUCAUAAAAGCCCUGCACCAGCUCUUCACUCUGUUCGGGUAUCCCUGCUAUAUCCACAGUGAUAGAGGGUCCUCCUUUAUGAGUGAGGAGCUGCGCCAGUACUUGCUAGCUAGGGGCAUUGCUACCAGUCGGACCACGAGUUAUAAUCCCCGGGGUAAUGGCCAGGUGGAGCGGGAGAAUGCCACAGUGUGGAAGGCCACACUUUUAGCCCUUAAGUCAAAAGGGUUGCCAGUCUCUCGAUAGCAGGAGGUCCUCCCUGAGGCACUGCACUCUAUCCGCUCUCUGUUAUGUACGUCCACCAAUGCCACCCCUCACGAACGCCUAUUCUCUUUUCCCAGGAAGUCUGUCACUGGGACCACCCUACCAGUUUGGCUGACGUCCCCGGGGCCAGUGCUGCUCCGGAAACAUGUGAGGAGCAAUAAAUACUCCCCGCCGGUGGAGAGGGUUCACCUUCUACAUGCGAACCCCCAGUAUGCUUACGUGGUCUUACCAGAUGGGCGGGAGGACACGGUCUCCAUCCGCCACCUGGCACCCGCAGGUGCAGCAGACCACUACCCUGAAGGCUCUCUGGUAACUAUGAACCCUGCACCAGAGUUGACACCGUGCUCACCAGGC